CGGGCGGAGGGGAGCGCAUCGGAGCGGUUCGGGCCGGCUGAGGCUCGAGGCCCGGGGCCAUGGACGGCAAGGCGGCCCGAGGAGGAGGAGGAGGAGGAGGAGGAGAGCCCGACGACUGCGUGGACUCGGGAGCCGAGACCGGCGGGUCUGACUACAGCCGCAUGUCCUCAACUAGCAGUGAGCUCUCUGUAGAAGAUGCCCAGGACCCUUUCCUUGUCAGCGUCCAUAUAAUCACAGACCCAGGCGAAUCCCAAACUCUCCAGGAAGCCAUCGACAAGCUGGUGGCUUGGAUCCAUCCAGACCUCCAACUGUUUCUUGUCUCCGAGCGGAGAGUCGCCAGGAAACGGAAGAAGCCGGGGAAGUUUUCUCAGCCCGCGCUGGCCGUCAUUUUGUUCCUUCAAGAAGAGUAUGGAGAAGAACAGAUCUUGCAGUUCCACGAAAGCUUCCGGAAACCACCGUGGCACUACCACCAUACAGAGCGAGUGCAAGGCAGGUUCCUUCCCUAUUUGCCAUGUAGUCAGGACUUCUUCGUGCUGACGCCGGGAACCCCACUGUGGGCCAUCCGACCAGUGCAUUAUGGGAAAGAAAUUAUCCGCUUCACCAUCUACUGCAGGUAUGAAAACUUUUCUGACAUCCUGAAACUCUAUGAGGUGAUCCUUAAAAAAGGCCCAAGUCAGAGGAAGACCGACUUCUGUAUUUUCCCAGUCUACUCCAAUCUGGAUGUAGACAUCCAGUUCUCCCUGAAAAGACUUCCCAAGGGCCACAGUCCUUCCCCAACGGAGUCGUCUGUGUUGGAGUUCCGAGUGAAGGAUUUAGGGCAGCUGGUGCCGCUUUUGCCCAAUCCUUGUAGCCCAAUCAGUGAAGGGAGGUGGCAGACAGAAGAUCAUGAUGGGAACAAGAUCCUUUUACAGAAGACCCACAGUUUGUACAGGAAGUCUCCUCAGACAAUCAAGCAUAACUGCUGGUCGACAAAGAAUUUCUCCCUCACUGUUUCACCCGACUUUGCCCCUCAGGCUCCCAGCCUUCUCUUAGACACUAGCAGUGGCAGCCAGCAGCGGAACUUGGGUGGUCCUGACAGUGGCCUGUGCCAGCAUUUUGGCAUCAUCCCCCAACGGGGUUUGCCGAAUGAAGCAGAGGGAAGGUACACCAGGAACUCCAGCAACACUUCUGACCCUCCAUGGCCACUCCAAAGGAUGGUCUCAGCCUACUCAGCUCCCAGUGGAUUUUGCAAUGGUUCGGAAGCUUUUCCCUUGCCCCCCAAACGGGGCAUCCACCGGUCGAAACCCAGUGCUUCCAGGAGAAGGCCACCGUCAGCCAUGAAUGGGACUGCCCCGGAGGCCUCCUGCAGUUCGCUUCCGACACUGUCAGAGUGGCCUUCCAGCUAUCCUGUCUCAACUCUGGCACCUCCCUUGGCAUGUGGCUCCCCGCCCAGUGUGGGCCCAAGAACCAUCCUUUGUGGAAAGCCUUCAGUGGGAAGCACCCAUAAGCCUUUGGAGUUCCUCAGAACACCAUCUAAAAAAGAAGAAGAAGAAGAAUUCUACAUCUGAGCUUCUCCUGUCCCAGCCACUCCCCUACCCCAUUUUGAACUCUCUUAGCUUCUGCCCCACUGAGUUGUAAAUAUUGCCAAAGAACAUGUGAUUUAAAAAAAAAAAAAAAAUUUAGCAAGGGUUUUUUGCCUGAGUGUGGAAUUGAAUUACUGGUCUUAUUAUAAAUCCUCAAUUUUAGGAGUUUAGCAAGUCCACAGUGAACAUUGGGUCUUGCUGAAAUCUGGCAUUUCAACAAAAGCAUAGAGGGAAGGCAUUGAUUUUUAAGAAAACAACUCAGCAUAUCCUAGAACCAGGGGAAAAAAACCUGACUAAAGUCCAAGUUGGAUUUCUUUAUUUUUUAUUUGGAACACUUUACUGCUUGUAUAAUUCAAAUGUAUUUUAAAUUAUUUGAAAUAAAAAAGAAAUAAUUAGUUAUAAUUAGUAUUAUGAGGGAGGGGAAGUACAAGAUCCAAAAUAUAAAGUUUGGGGAAGUGGCAGGUUUUUACUUAGUAAUUAUUUUUAUGCGGGUUAAUGCAUAUUGGCAUACUGAAAAUAUCACCACAUACCUAAUUCUGAGAAAAAUGACACUGAAAACUGUGCUUGUGCCGCUGAGGAGAUGUCUGCAAGUACAAAUUUAACAGUCGGGUAGCUCUGCUGCAUACUCAUCACCAGGAUAAAGGACCUACUCUGACCAGGAGAAGCAGCAUGCAGUGCUGCCACUGCGUAGUCAAGUUCCAGGCACCCGUGAGAAUCAACAAACUGAAAAUUGGCCCCGGUCAAACAGAGGCGUGGAUUCUCGAGACAUGUUUUGGAGUGAAGUCCAUGCCUAGGACCAGACAGCAGGAAGGCAGCAAAUGAGCCACAAAGGUGUCCAGUGCUGGAUCCGAGCCAGGCAGGGGAUGGACCAGAUGAAAACCAGACAAGUGUCUACGUUAGACGGAUGGCCUUCUAUCAAUUAAAUGGCCUCGCUGCUCCUCCAGCUGACCAGCUCUAACCUGGAAGCCUCAACUGCAUAGAUACCAAACAAAGACGGAGAACCCGGAUCCUCUGACUCCCAGCCCUGCUGUGACGGUAAAGAUCUCGAUUUCCGGUUUUUAGGGCAGGGGCUGUCGUCAGGCGGGUGACCUACGCAUCCCACAGCACAACAGCUCCUGACUGGCCCCUUUCUUUCCCGGACUGAGCAGAACACGUGCCCGGAACGGCAUGGCUGUCGACGACACAUGGAGACUAAUCACCAGUAGGAAGAUCCCCUCCAACCAUCUUAACUGCACCUCCGCCUACUACGUGUGUCAACUUUAGAUAUGUUUUAACUUGCUCCUCUUUCCCCUUCUUCCUCUCCUCCCUUUACGUGGCUACUUCUUGCAAAAGGAGUAGGCCAGAACGUUAGCCUCUACCACCCCCGAGGGUCGAGGGGGUGGUCUCAAUGCUUAGUUGUCCCAAAGGCCCAGCUUUACCGUUAGGGUCUCAUUCCCAACGUAUCUGUACGGAGCGGGUAGCCCCCUGGGGUCACUCACGUGUGGCCAAGCCUCAGGAACCAUGGAAGAGCCGCCUGGCUCUCGCUCAGAAGGGACUGCGGUUUUUGCCUCGGUCACCGGGGAGGUGGGAGAGGCCUCUGCUCUCCUCCGCGUCUACGGACAAUUGCUUUACCUCUCCGCAGGGUUGCCGUCCAGAGCAGGAAAGAGUCUUGGAGAUGAAGCACUCCGACCUCGGCAGCUGCCCGGGGGGCAAGGAGGGCGGCGUGCGGAGAAGGGUACAGCCUACCCGGCCAGGCGCAGGGUUCUCUCAGGUACUAAAUCUCGUACCUACCCAAGUGCUUAAAUACAAUAUUAUUAUCGGUAUUUUCAUCGUCACCUGCGGAGAACUUUGAGAUGCCUUGCCGAAAGAGCUCUGUCAUUUUAAACAAAAGGAACUGCCUCCUAAACACAAGGGUAAAAUAGAGCAUUUAUUGAUGGAAUAACAAAAGUGCUUUUUUUAAAUAUUCUUCAAAAUACAUUUGUACAACUUACAAUAUAUCCAAAAUAACUGUACAUACAAAAAUUACCUUGUUUUUAAUGUAUGUGCUUUUUUUUCCCCAAAUAUUACAAAGUAACUGUUUUUGGCAAAGUUCAACCUUUAACACAGGUGACAAUUUGGGAUAAGAAAAAUAGAACCUGAGGGAAAUUGACACACCUAAGUCAAUGAUAAGCAAGAAAUAUUUUUUUCCACUUCUGUUAAAUAAUUUCAUUUUUGUAGAGGUGGUUUUUCACAUUAAAAAAAUAAAACAACAAUGAAGGAAA